UACUAUGGCCGUUUCGCCUUUAGCCAUUGUCGUUGACUCCUUUGUGGUACGUUUUCUUUUUCUUUUCCCCCAGACACUUUCUUACCCUCUCUCUCAUGAAUUAUUACCAUGCCCUGGUAACUGUCGGUGGGAUCCAAGCAUCCUAUGAAAAGCUUUUAUUAAGAUGGUCGUCUAAAUUGGUUUUGUGGGUUCCCUUAUUUUCUUUUUUUCCUCCAUAUCCAAAGGUUGUACACAAAUGGCCCUAUACUAGCUUCUCUGUUUUGGCAGCCAUAAAAGCUUGAUAGAGCAUGAAGUUACCUGCAUUUCUUGAUGCUACACUCUGCUAGUUGGCUGGCGUUCAAAACAAUGGAUCACAAGGCAUGGCUUUGGAGAAAAAAGUCUUCAGAGAAAACAAUUCUUGCAAUUGACAAAGUUGACAGUCGUUUAAGAACUGAACAGAUACAAGCUAAUACAACAGAGAAAGGAGUAGCAACUGAGAGAUCUGCAAAAAAUCUGAAUGAGAAGUUGGCUUCAGUUCUCCUAGAUUGUCAUGUCAAAGAAGAUGUUUCAACAAAAAUUGCAAAAACAGCUGGAGAGGCCACAGCAGCCCAAGAUAAAGCAGAAAAAGAGACAGAAUUGCUAAAACAAGAACAAGAUGAAGCUUUAAAGCAGGAAGCUGUAGCUGCAAACGAAAAGUUAGCUCUUUCAGAAGCUGCACUGAAGGAAUGUAGACAGCAAUUAAGUUUAGCUCGAGAAGAACAGGAGCAAAGAAUACAUGAUGCUGUUACGGUAACAUCAAGAGAAUAUGAGAAGGCACAGAAACUAUUAGAAGAGAAAUUGGCACAGGCAAGUAAUCGGCUUGUGAGUCUAACUGUCGAGAAUUCUAAUCUCAGCAAUGCCUUUGUAGUGAAAGACAAAGUCAUUGAAGAAUUACAAAGGCGCAAGUCUCAGGCUGAUGCAGAAUUCUGUGCACUAAUGACAAGAUUAGAUUCCACAGAAAAAGAAAAUGCUUUUCUAAAGUACGAGUUCCACAUGCUUGAGAAGGAACUUGAGAUUCGUAACGUGGAGAUGGAAUAUUAUCGUCGCUCUGCUGAUGAAUCACAGAAGCAACAAUUAGAAAGUGUGAGUAGAAUCACAAAGUUAGAACAAGAAUGUGAAAGGCUUCGUCUCCUGGUACGAAAACGCUCACCAGGUCCUCCUCUUUUGGUGAAUAUGAAGAGUGAAGCUCAGAUGAUGGGAAGAAAUAGGACAGACAUGAGAAGAAGAAAAGUGGAUCCUACAAAAGAUUUGAUCGUCAGAGAACCCACCUUAGAAAACUCUCCUGACAUCCAGAGUAAGAAGAUGAGCUUCAUGAUCGAUAAGUUACGUGAGGUGGAAGAAGAAAACAAAGCUCUCAAAGAAGUACUUAACAGAAAGAGCACUGAUAUCCACUCUUCCAGAUUCCAGCUUGGAGACAUUUCUAAAGGACAGAAAUCCAUUGAGCUUGGAAGAUAUAGUCCCUUAGCAAAUAAACUAGCUUUGUCAUCGGGUUUUGAUGCAGGAAGUGAUGACGGACUUAGCUCUUCUGGAUCUUGGGCUACUGCUCUACUUUCUGAAUUGGAAAAUUUUAGAAAUGGGAAAUCAAAAGAUUCACCAGACGGCAAAGCUCUUGAAGUUUCUGACAUUAGCCUGAUGGAUGAUUUUGUUGAGAUGGAGAAACUGGCAAUAGUUACUGCAGACAUAUCUUCUGGAAAUGGAUAUCUCCCUAAUUUAAAUGGUAAAGAUCUGGUUCCAGUUGCAGAAGUUAUCGGUGACAAGAAGAAAGAGAAGCCACAGGAAGACAUAGCAACUAAUAAAUCUUUUGACUGGCUUCAGGUUGUUUUAAAUGCAAUGUUGGAGCAAAAGCGUGUUUCUAAACGAAGUCUAGAAGAACUAUUAGAAGAGAUCAAAAUUGCUUUGGGUUGUAUAAAGCAUCCAAUUGCAGAUGGAGCUGUUACAACUGCAACCUUGGGGAACCUUGCUGAAGAAUCUGAUCCUGUCCAUGUUAGUGGGUGCAUUGCUUGGAAAUCUCCAAAUGGAUCUACGAUCCUAGAUUCUUUGAGUGGAGCUCUAAGUACUGUGACCUCAGUGGAAGUAAGCGGCAGAGAGCAUGGUCCAUCCGAUCUGAGCAAAUCAAUUGCUAAAAUCAUCAAGCUGGUUGAAGGAAUUAACCAAGCAUCUUUGUCCUCUGACUAUACUCCAGAUGAUGGAUCAGAAAUGGAUCAGAAUUCAGCAUCAUUUGCAGAUUACUUUAUUCGUGUUUUUCAAUGGAAAAGAUUGGAACUAGACACUCUUCUACAGCAAUUUCUCUCUGCUUGUAAUAAUCUGUUGAAUGGAAAUGCUAAUCUUGAAAAUUUUGUGGAGGAAGUAGCAUCUGCUUUAGACUGGAUUUUGAACAACUAUGUGACACCUAAUGCAGCUUCAAGGGACAAAAUCAAGAAACAUUUCGGUUGGAAUGAACUCCAAAGAGAAAAUGAUCAAGGAGUAAAUAUUCCUCCUAGGGAAUCGGACAUGGUUCGCUCAACUGAAGAGCAGUCAUUGUGUUUGCCCUUGGCUGCAUAUAAUGAAGGCCAAGAUCUUUUGAUCCAAUUGGAUAAGGUCCGGCGUACCCUGCAAGAAGAAAAUGGAAAAUUAAUAGAUGAACUGACGAAUAUUGAAUCUGAAAAGAAAGACAUGGAAGCUAGGCUACAGUCAGCAACAGAAAAAAGUGAAUCUUUGAUGAUACAACUUCAAGAGUUGGAACAAAGGAAUGGAAGCUUACAAACAGAAUUGGAGACUUUGAAAGCAUCAAAGGGGAUCAUUGAAGACCAGAUCGAAGAUCAAAAGUUGAUUAAUGAAGAUCUUGAUACCCAGUUAACUGUUUCCAGAGCUAAAUUGAAUGAAGUCUUUCAGAAGUUCUCAUCAUUAGAGGUUGAAUUAGAGGACAAGCGUAGCUGUUUGGAAGAAUUAGAAGCAACAUGUCUAGAACUUCAGCUGCAGCUAGAAAGUCUCAGUGAUGCAAGGAAGGAAACUCCCAAGUAUGGAACAAACCAAGAGGAAAAGCAAUCUCGACCUAGCUGGGAGAUCACAACAGCUUCGGCGAAGUUGGCAGAGUGCCAAGAAACCAUCUUAAAUCUGGGAAAACAGCUCAAGGCACUGGCUUCACCAAGGGAAGCAGCUAUUUUAGACAAGAUGUUAGCCACACCACCCAUAUCCACCGGCGAUAAGAAGCUGAAUAAGCGCUCCUCCCUACGUGAUCGCAUGCUGGCUGAGGAUGAUGCUAAGAAAGCAUUGGUUCUUAAGCCUCCAAAACUCGAAGAAACUACAAGCAGUGUAGUACAUGCACAGAAACCACCACUUCUACUCCCUUGCAGUGAUAAUGCAAUUGUCAUCCAUGCCCCUAAUGCUGCGUUACGUUCUCCAGAAGCAUGUCAUGGUUCAGACUGCAAAACCAGUAAUAACAAUUCGUUAGGGUCGCUGGCUAUCGUGCCAAGUAAGAAACAAGGAGCAUUUGGUUUGCUGAAGAGGCUGCUGUUUAGAAAAAAGAAAGGAAGCAGCCACAAAUUCCGGUCCUUAUCCAAAGCGUGACACUAUCAGAAGCUUAAGACAAAAAGAAAAUUGUGUUACUUAGGCAAUAAAGAAUGUGGGCAUUAUGCCGAGUUGUUAUUGAUUAUUUAUGGUUUCUUGGUUGUCUGACCUUUAACAAUUACUUAUGGCGAUGGAAGUUUGUGCUUUUUCUUGUUAUACAAAAGAGAGGGGGAGAGAGAGAGAGAGAGAGAGAUCUGUAAUGUUGUAAAACAUCAUGACUGGUGUAUAUAUUUAUUGGUUUGAAGAGA